AUGGCAAACUCGGAGAAACAAUUAUUCGCUGAUGAAUGCCAAAUUGACGAUGUUGAUAACUUGGAUCAGAAUUCUAGCGACGAGGCAUCAUCAAGCCAGAGCGUUGAUGAGGCCUCGGCGGCUGGGAAUCCUUCGGUAAGAGGGAGGUCGAGAGAAGUUCGAGUGGAGGAUGGGGAAGAUCGGGAGGAUGGAGUUUUGCAUUGGCUUCUGUCUCCAGAUAAGCAUGUAAUGGGUGCCUGCCGUGCGGACGAGAGGUUGAAGCCUUUGCUGAAGCUCAAUGUAUCUAAUGGCGCAGCUGAGGAUCGUCUGCUGGCUCACCUUAGCCAGCACUUUGAGCCAUCAGAAGUUGGCGUGUUAGCUAGAUCAUUGUGCUUACCUCUAGUUACUAUCCGUGUGGGAGAGAGCAACAAGAAAGGAACCCUCUUGUGUCCAACAUCUGCAAGAGGGAACUUGACUCUCAUGCUUUUGCAAACUUCUGAAUUGUGCAUCUCAUUCACCGGUGAUGAUGGUUGUGUAGAGAGGCUAGCAACAUUGAGCACUGAGACUCAAUGCUCUGCUGUAGAAAUUGAAGAAAUCUCAGCAGACAAGUCAGGACGAUCUUUCUUAAUAAAGAUCCCAGGUGGUGAAACUUUUUAUUUUUGGUGCUCUGAAAAAUCUCAGCUUCUCGGAAAUGAAUUGCUCCAAAAGAUGAAGGAUAUAAUUUUGAGAAAACCUUCACUGGCUGAAUUAACUGGAAUUAGCGAGUCACGCCUCAACUGCUUUGCAAUUUACCUUCAAGCUUAUCUUGCUGGAUCAAUGUCUUCAUUCACAACUAUGAAAACUUCACGUUUUCGGCACUAUGGCAGUCAAGGAGCAAAGACGAACCCAGUGUAUCAGGGUAGCCUCAGUCCUAGGUCAAGUUCCUUUAAAGAGGGUUUGCCAAGAAGCUUGUCUUCAUUGAGAAGUAUUGCCAGAGAAAAAAUGAGGCGACGUGGAGAAAGCUAUGUUUCAUGUGUUGAGAGCUCAGACAUUGCUUCUGCAAGUAGUGCAGCUCGGUCUAGUUCAAAUUGCUUUGAGAAGGACAAGUUUUCUGAAGCAACUGAAAUUCACCAGUUUCCUUCAUUGAGUUUUUUGGAUGUACUCAUGAAAUCCGCAGAACUUCCCUUUUCUGGCCCGGGAAUUCAAGUUACUUCCUUGGGUUUAUCUCGUUUCUCUCCCCACUAUUGCUUUUGUCCUCCGGCUGCAUCGAGUACGCGAUGCACUAUUGGAACUUCACAGCUGCCUAUUUCAUCAAUUGAAUCACUAUCUCUACCCCCACUGUCAUCUCAGCUAUCAACUGCAAGGCCAUCCAGUCUUUUGGCGUCAAAACCCUCCCUUAAUCUGGCCGAGGUACCCCCCGUGGAUUUUCCUCCUCGCUUGGCAGAGCCUUUGGCGAGGUUGCCAUUGACAAUGCCAACUUCUCAACAGAUCUUAACCUAUACACCAUUAAUCUGUGACCCCAUUGUUCAUAUUCCAGUUAUAGGUGUUUGCUCCUCUGGCCAAGGGUACUUGGUCAGCGCAGGUCCGGCGAUGUCAACAUCUGUUUCACCUCUAAACCCGAAUCUCAUGGACCCCCAGAUUCCCGAUGCUGAAUCAAUGCUAGAAAAAGGUGCUAGGGAGACACUUCGAUUUCUCAUCAACAGCUCCAAUCAACCCAACCCACAUCUGCUUGACGUAUUAAAUCCGGUCCUUACCAGCAGUGAUGAUAAGCAGAACUUGCCUGCUGUUGGAAGCCGAGGUCUUUAUAGCAGAGAUGUAGAUGCUAUAGCAAACUGCAUGACGGCUAUGGGUAUGGUUUCAUUUACUGACAAAUCCACAGGAAGUAACAAUAGCAAUCGAUGUGUUGGUAGAGAUUAUUUGGUUGAUCAAAGUGAGAAGCCUGCCGGCUGUGGUCCAUCUACCUCAGAUGACUGUUGCUCAUACUUGAGAGAGGAAAGGACAGAUUGA